AUGUGUGCAUCCAUUCUUUCGCCUCAUGAUAGACUCCGCGCCAAAGUCAAAACGGCUCUUGGACGGCAAACUAGCGAAGCAAUGGCCCAGCUAAAAAAAGAACAAAGAGCAAAGUCUAGAAAAAGAGAAAAAGAUCCAUUUAUGACUUACAGACCUAAAAACAGUGAAAUAAUGGACUUUAAUAAACUUAAUAACGAAAUGGAUGAAUUAUCAAGACUCAAACAGCUUGAAAGAAAUUUAACAAAUAAAUUACAAAUCUUAACGAACGAGUUUACAACAGAAGAUCAAAAAAGAAAGGCACUAGAAGAUAAUCUCUCUAAAACUCGUACUAAAAUAGGAACAAACUAUACACAAACAAGAGAAAGCGAGCAAUUAAUUAAUCAAAUUAAGGCAAUGGAAUCCAGAUUAGAGAAAUCAACGAUUAAAUACAACCAGAAUUUGGUGAUUCUCGCGGAAAAACGUGAACAAUUAGAUAUUCUACGAAAAGCAAAUAUGGCACCUUAUCAAACAGACAAAAAGCAACCUAAUUCACCACAAAAGACUAGCCAUGAGAAUAAUAGAACACUUGCACAGCAAAAAGAGGACAUUCAAGCCGAAAUUGACAAACUUAAUUCGAAUAAUAAAGAAGUUACCGAAGAAUACUCUAAAAAGAUAGAUGAACUUACUGAAGAAGCCAAUAGUGAAUUAGAAUCCCAAUCAAAACAACAGAAAAACCAAAAAGUUGACCAUAAAACUGAUAAUUUAACAGCACAAACCGAAGAAUAUCAAGAUAGGAUCUCACAAACCCUCAAAUUACUUAACCUAAAAUCAGUUGACGAGGUCAUUGCAGAAGCUGAUAGGCUAGAACGUGAAAAUUGUUCACUUUACAACUUUGUCAUAGAGCAUUCUCAAAAUAGAAAGAAGCUUCAAGAGGAAGUCGAAGCUCUAGAGUUACAGCAAGCUAAAAUCUUAAGCCAAGAAGGAGAAAACAAAGAAAUCGAAAUUGCAAAUUCAGAUUUGAAUGAAAUAAACCAGCAAAUCAGCGAUGCUCAGAAGGAAUAUGAUGAACUGAAGAAACAGUGUGAUGCGGAAGAGGCUAAGUACUCAGAUAUUUAUAAAGAAAUUGAUGAAUUAUUUAAUAUGCUUGGAUGUUCAUGGGAUGGCUCUCCAGAUGAUUUGUCUACAGUAACUCCUUCUAAUGCAAUGUUUGCUUUAACAUGUAUUGAGAAUGCAAUCGAAAAUCACUCUCAAGACAAAAUUAUUGAAUAA